AUGAAGCUCUCUCUCCUCCCCGCCCUUCUUGGGCCGGCCGGAGCUCUUCAAUUGCCCCUGUUCCAAGCUUCUUCAUCGCAGUCCGAGCUCUCGACGUCGAGCAAGCAGCUCAUCGACUCUGAGCUGCUGCAGAAAGAAGUCAAAGCCGAGAACCUCCUCAAAAGAGCCGAGGAGCUCUACGAGAUUGCAAAGCUCAGCGAGGAGGAAUAUCAGCACCCAACCCGUGUCAUUGGCAGCAAAGGUCACCUCGGAACCUUAGAUUACAUCCACUCCACCCUUGUCGAGCUCGGCGACUACUACACCAUCACCAAUCAAUCCUUUCCUGCGGUGACCGGAAAUGUCUUCGAGUCGCGCCUCGUCCUCGGCCACACGGUGCCCUCCUCAGCUACCCCGAUGGGGCUGACGCCUCCCACAAAAGACAGGGAGCCUGUCUACGGUCCAUUGGUGGCAGUCGCCAAUCAUGGAUGCGAGUUCUCCGACUACCCCGGCAAUCUUUCUGGUGCCAUUGCAUUCAUUUCUCGGGGCACUUGUCCAUUCGGAACCAAGUCCGACCUGGCCGGCAAAGCAGGCGCCAUUGCGGCAGUGGUCUACAAUAACGAGAAGGGCGAUCUAUCUGGGACUCUUGGCACUCCCACCCCAGACCAUGUUGCCACUUUCGGCAUCUCAGACAGUGAUGCGGCACCUGUCCUGGAGCAGCUGAAGAAGGGCGAGAAGGUGGAUGGUAUUGCCUACAUUGACGGUAUUGUGGAGACAAUCAUCACUACAAAUAUUAUCGCACAGACUGUCGAAGGAGAUCACGAUAAUUGUGUCAUGGCUGGAGCCCACACUGACAGUGUAGCCGAAGGUCCGGGUAUCAAUGACGACGGCUCUGGUACUCUGACUCUCUUGGAACUGGCAACAAAACUCACCCAGUUCAGCGUCAACAACUGCGUGCGUCUUGCUUGGUGGGCUGGAGAAGAAGAAGGUCUCCUGGGUAGUGAUUACUAUGUGGACCAACUGACUCCGGAGGAGAAUCACAAGAUUAGGGUUUCAGGCGAUAUGGACAUGAUGUGCUCACCAAACUAUGCGUACCAGGUAUACAACGCCACCAACGCCAUCAAUCCCGUGGGAUCAGAGGAACUGCGCGACUUAUUCACAGACUACUACGAGGCACACGACCUCAACUACACCUACAUCCCCUUUGAUGGCCGCAGUGACUACGACGCCUUCAUCCGUCAUGGCAUUCCCGCCGGAGGCAUUGCAACUGGCGCAGAAGGUGUCAAGACCAAGGAAGAGGAAGAGAUGUUCGGUGGUAAGGCGGGAGAUUGGUAUGAUCCCAACUACCAUCAGAUUGGAGAUGACGUCUCAAAUCUGGACCUUACUGCUUGGGAAAUCAACACCAAGCUUGUCGGUCACUUUAUUGCAACAUACGCGCGGUCGUUUGAGGGCUUCCCUGAGCGCACCGAUGCUGAUGUCAGCACUUUCUCCCACGAGCCGCGGAAAUACCGCGGCCACCGCUUGCAAAUGUGA